AUGUCAAUUUUAAUCAAAAACGGCGCUAUUGUCAACGAUGAUUUUAUGCAAAAUGCCGACGUUCUGGUGAAGGAUGGCAAGAUAAUCAAAAUUGGCGAGAAUAUCAAUGUGGAGGGAGAGGUGGAGAUUGUGGACGCUACUGAUCGUUAUGUGAUUCCUGGAGGAAUUGAUCCUCACACUCAUAUGCAAUUGCCAUUUAUGGGAGAGAUCGCCAAAGACGAUUUCCAUCGAGGUACUGAAGCCGCGGUUGCUGGUGGCACCACAAUGAUUAUUGAUUUCGUCAUUCCCAACAAGGGCGAAUCGCUACUCGCCGCCUACGAUCGCUGGAGAAAAUGGGCCGAUCCGAAGGUGGUUUGCGAUUACGGCCUCUCGAUGGCGAUCACCACGUGGAAUUCGGAAAUUGCCGCCGAAAUGCGAACCGUGACCGCACCCGAGUACGGCAUCAACUCGUUCAAAUUCUUUCUCGCCUACGCCGGCAUGUUUAUGGUGCGCGACGAGGAGUUCUAUCAAGGAAUGCUUCAAUGCGCGAAGCUUCGCGCGUUGGCGCGAGUGCACGCCGAAAACGGGGCGGUGAUCAAAGAGCGAAGCGAAAGCCUACUGGCGCAGGGUGUGACCGGACCCGAAGGCCAUACGCAGAGUCGACCCGAAGAAUUGGAAGCCGAGGCGACGUUUCGAGCGUGCACAAUGGCUGCGCAAGCCAACUGCCCACUGUACAUAGUGCACGUGAUGUCGAAAGGAGCUGCUGACGCGAUUGCGCAUCACCGAAAGCAAGGAUACGUUGUGUUUGGCGAGCCGAUCGCCGCCGGUUUGGGAACCGAUGGCUCGCAUUACUAUCAUGAGGAUUGGCUUCAUGCGGCGCGUUACGUCAUGUCGCCACCAUUAUCGCGGGACCCGACAACUCCAAGCACGUUGAUGAAGCUCUUGGCUGCCGGCGAACUUCAUCUGACGGCCACCGACAAUUGCACAUUCGACUGUAAACAGAAGGCGCUUGGAAAGGACGAUUUCACGAAGAUUCCGAACGGCGUGAACGGCGUCGAAGACCGAAUGUCGGUCGUCUGGGAGAAGGGCGUGCACAGCGGUCUCAUCGACCCAAUGAAGUUCGUCUCGGUGACGAGCACGAUGGCCGCGAAAAUCUUCAAUUGCUAUCCGCGAAAGGGGCGAAUCGCUGUCGGCUCGGACGCCGAUAUCGUCAUUUGGAACGCGAACAGCACUCGAGUGAUCUCUAAAGACACCCAUCAUCAUGCUGUCGACUUCAAUAUUUUCGAGGGAAUGAAAGUUCACGGUGUUCCCGAGAUCACAAUUGCCGGCGGUCGGAUCGUUUGGCGCGAUGGCAAAUUGUUGACGACGCCGGGAGCCGGAAAGUUCAUCGCAUUGAAGCCGGAUUCUCAAAUUGUGUUUGCUUCGAUUGACAAUAAAGCCAAGUCUUCGGCUCCAAUCAAAAUCAACCGGGCUCCUUAUAAUCCAGAAGAGCGCGCUCAAACCGGACGAGACGCGGCUCAUCCGGCAGCCGCGGCGGCUUCAAGAAAUCCGCCAGGCGGAAAGAGUAGCAUUGAAUUUUGA